AUGUCGAUAGAAGAAGAGCAAGAGGAGAAGGCAGGGGAAGUGCAACUCGUACGAACAGAAGGCCUCUUACUUGUCCUAGACACCCCUAAAGGCCGAGGCGUCUUCGCAGGCAAAGACAUCCCAGGGGAUACAAUUUUAGAAGUCUGCCCAGUUCUAAUACUGGACCCUCAGGAGAACGAAGAGCACGUUAGGAAGACAGAUCUUUAUAAUUACACAUAUAACUGGCCACUUCCGGCAGCUGAGGGCUCCAAAGCCCCGGGAAAGACGCAGGCGGUGGUAUUUGGGAUUGGGAGCCUUUUUAACCAUUCCCAAAGACGGCAGAAUGUUGGCUGGAUGCGCGAUGUGAGCAAGAGCGUUGUGGUUUAUAGGACGCUACAGGAUGUGAGGAAAGGAGAUGAGUUAUGUAUUUCAUACGGUGACCGUCUAACGUUUGUGGAUGCGGAUGCCAAACAAGUGGAUAGCGAUGAUGAGGAUGAUAAUGCGGCGUUGGCAAGAAUAGACUUGUUUUGA